AUGAGAUUUAAAGGUGGUAACCUUUUGGGUUACGCUUUAUUUAUACUUAUUUUACAUCUUCAUGAUGAAGUCGAAGGAGGAGGAGGAGUCUGCAAGGACCUGCAAGGCCAGACAUACGAUAGCGGGUUUUAUUACAUUCCAGAGCCUUGUACACUUUGUGUAUGCGAUAAUGGGAACCCCAAGUGGUGCAAAGCUGUAAUUUGUCGGCUGUCGCAGAAAUCGAUACCAAAGCAAGAUUGUAAGUCAUUCAGAAUUGGAACACCUUGCUGCGAGUUUAUCUGCUUGGAUGACACUUUGUCCUCGGUGACGAAUGACAAGACGGAUGGAAUAGAGGGUAAUAAUGGUGACUCGAGUGCCAGUUAUGAUCUGGGUUUAAGGCUAGUUGCUAGCUGCAUCACGGCUAUUCUUUCGCUGAGUCUUCUCUUUUUUCUUAUCCAUCGAUUGCGACAGAGAAAAAUACGAGUUUGCAUAGCAGGCAGACAGAACCGAGAGCUAACAGAAGAGCAGCGUAGCCUUGGAAGCAUGGGUUACUUAGAACGCGGAGGUCUUCCCCAUGGAAUGCAAAUGGACGAGAUGGCUUGUGGAGGAGGAUACUCUUUAUGGAAGCCUCCAGGGAAUUAUUUUCCUCGAGGAGAAGCUCCACCACCUUACGAGGAAGCUGUAGCAGCAGCAAGAGCAGAGCAAGCUCUGCUGACGAUGAAUCCAAAUGCGUUGUCAAGUUUGAAUCUUCCAAACUCGUAUCUGACGACUCAGCACCAUUCUAUGUCAGCAGCGAUUCCUACUGCAAAUUUACCAGCGACUGCUCCACCUCCCGCAGCUUACAGCGCGACGAGUCCAUCGUCUUCAGUAAACACCAGACAGAUUAAUUCCAGUCAGCCUCAUCCGUGUCACCAGCAAUUGCUUCCACCGACAGAAGAAAAUAUUUCUGCUGGGUACUACAGCGGUGGAGCGGUCACUAAUUUUAGUGUCGAGACUAAUAUUUACGAAAACACAGUACCAGUACCGGUGCCAGUUUCUAUGACCAAUCAGCAGCGUUCUCCAGAACAUUCCAGUGGUACUCACAGUACACACAGCAAUCACAAUACUCAUAAUCAUAAUCAUGGUAAUCAUGGUAAUGAGCAAACGCAUCUCCAGAGCUACCGAGAGUCGUUACGUCACACGGCGUUACCUCGACAAGGCAGUGCGUUCACUAUUUCAGCAACAGUGCCAAAUCCAAAUACUAUAUCAACGCAUCGUACUAUUCCGCGAACGUUAACGACUAGUACUAACGCUAAAUUAAGACGGGAUUUUGUUAGCCAUCAGCAACCGGGUGUACUGCCGCUCGUAAAUGCUUCCACAAAAAAUGCCAAAUCGACGGAACAUAUUCCUAGACUUAGUAUGUCUUCGUUAAUUACUGCUAAUGCCAGUGCUAGUGCUGGUGCUAGUGCUAGUACUAGUACAGGUACCAGUAUCAGUAUCAAUGGUAAUGAUAAUAAUUUACCGUUGACAAGUAGUGGACAUAUAGAAAUACGUGGUGAUAAUCAGCAACGACUCGCUCCAUUAAUAUUUAGCAAUAGCGCUGAACAAGACGGUAGUUUUGACUCAGUAACGUGCACAUGUAGCACACAAGUCCUUCCAACAUUGCACGAUGACACUGACGACUAUCGUAGUGAGUGUGAGAAUUGUAAGAGUGCCACUGGUUCGCGUUAUUAUCUGGAUAAUGAGGAUGAACUAGUGACAUCGCCACAUGAAACUAUGACACUUCACAGAAGACCUGAAGAAACUGCCGCAAGUAUUACUCCUCAGUAUUACAGGACUUCAUUGACACUGCCAACGAGUACUCGCCAGCGUACAAGGGGAGCUGGCGGCCGAGGUAAUUGGUUUAGUUCUAUGCCAGAAAGUUCAACAGAAUCUUCCGAUAAUGAUUAA